UGCACCCAGCCGACUGCAAACAUGGGCUCUCCCAACAAGCCGCAGUCCGUGGAACUCAUCCAGGAAUCUGACCUUGAGAGCCUCAUGGACACUUGCUUUAAUAACGUCUUCGCUUCCAAUGCUACCGACCCUGUAAUGGUUUCCACGUUUGAUGGAAUUCAGCGGAUAUGCGUGGACCUCUUUCACAAAGACUAUGCAGUCACGAUCAUUGACAACGAGGGCGGUUCACUGAGUGCCACUUAUCCCAAUAAAAUAAUAUUCCUGGCACGUCCGACUGAUUGCGGGCAAAAUCAUGAAAGACGUGCCAAAGAACUACGGCAACACAUGGAGAAAGCUCGAGUUGCCAGGGCAUGGACGCGUUUCGUCGUUCCAGUUAUCUUGUACGAUGGCAAGCACAUAUGCCGGUCAGGAACGCUUUCUGGAGGAAUAGAAAUCUUCAGUAGAACUGUGACGGAGUUCGUCUACGGGACUUCAGCCAGCCUGUGCACACAAAUCCGGGAUUCCAUGCGAAAACUUGCGUUUCCUUCAGACAGCGGUGAAAACACGCUGACGUCAAGCCAGGAGGCUUCCCAGGAGUCUUCAGUCCCCACAGAGAAGUUCGAAAGCUCGGAUGCUACCGCCACUUCCGGUCACCAGGAAGAUGGCGGUCAAUCACCUGCGAGCACACCGCUGGCACCAGAGAAAGAUGCAUCGCUGCACGGUGAACUGCGAAAGGAUGACAUCGAGCUGCUGAAAUCACUGUCCAUUCACAACAUCUGUGACUUGAUGGUUGAAGGCAAAAAGGAAAAAUGCUAUAUGAAGGUGAGCUCCUCCGAGAAGGUUGACAAGUUCAAUAGGUACCGCGACUUCACAAUUCUCAAGCUCCCUUACCCAGUGGAAGUCCCGACAUGA